GAGCGCGUUAGGUUUGCGUUGUCCUUAGCAACAGCAACAACUUCCGCAUGUCCAUGUUUAACUGCCAGCUCGGUUUCUAUACGAUUUGUAUUUUAUUUAUUUGCAUACGGGCAAUCUAAUCGAUUUAAAAACAAUAUAGGCAUGUUCCUGUGUUGAAUGAUGUAUUUCCCUACCAACUAUACACGCAGUUCUAGUUCAAUGUUGGGGAUAAGCUGCUUGGUCCCAGCCCGUUUCCUCACACUUAUUGCCCACAUGGUUAUAGUCAUCACCAUAUUUUGGUCAAGGGAGAACAACGUGAGAGCUUGUCUGCCACUGACCUAUACAGUUGAAGAAUAUAAUAUAGAGGACAUCAGGCUGGUGGUGGCUUUAUCUGUGACCCUGGGUCUAUUUGCAAUAGAACUUGCAGGGUUUUUCUCAGGAGCCUCCAUGUUUGACAACAGUCAAGGCCUUUUAUCUACAGCGUGUCAUGUAAGCGGCUCUGUGGCACUGCUUUUCUUUCUCUUUGAGCAGUGGCCUUGCAGCAUCUACUGGUGGAUCUUUGGCUUCUGCAGUGUAAUCCCAGCCUUGUAUGAGAUGAUUCUGCUUAUUGCUGUUUUUGGUCUGAAGAAGAAACCACUGUGAAUUCAUCCCUGCUAACUUCUGUUGUCUAUAAAAAAAUAGAAUAUUCAUUCAUUUUCUACCGCUUAUCCGAACUACCUCGGGUCACUAGGAGCUCAGGCGUCAUCGGGCAUCAAGGCAGGAUACACCCUGGACAGAGUGCCAACCCAUCGCAGGGCACACACACUCACACAAUAUGGACAAUUUUCCAGAAAUGCCAAUCAACCUACCAUGCAUGUCUUUGGAGGAAACCGGAGUACCCGGAGGAAACCCUCGAGGCACGGGGAGAACAUGCAAACUCCACACACACAAGGCGGAGGCGGGAAUCGAAAACCCAAACCUGGAGGUGUGAGGCGAACGUGCUAACCACUAAGCCACCGUGCCCCCAAGAAUAUAUAAGUAGAAUAUAAGUAGUUUUUAUUAUUAUUAUUAUUAUUAAUUAUUAUUAUUAUUAUUAUUAUUAUUAUUAUUAUGUUCAGAGUUAGGUCUGAUUGAACGUGUAAAAUGACUGGUGAGAAUCUUACACCUUAUGUUUUAUGUGUUGCAACAAUAAUUUGUACUGAUUUUUUUAUAGAUUUUGUAAUAAAAUAUUUUAUUAGCAGAAAGUCCUGACUGACCGCAGUCAAAAGCGUUUAAUAAACUUUACUGUUUACUUCAUGUGAACAUGAACCAAUCGUGUUAACCACAAACUUG